AUGAUAGCUUUGUUCGUCCUCAGUCUCGCCCUGUUACCAUUGCUCAGUGGAGCAUAUCAAGUCGACCCUCCGACCACCACAUCGCCAGAUACCAUCGUGGACUGCACGUGGUGGCAUGUGGCCGUAGCGAACGACACCUGCGCCAGUAUAAGUACAGAUUGGUAUAUCACGGAGGCGCAACUGACAACAUACAACCCAAGUUUAGUUGAUGGCUGCAAACUCAUACUGGGGAAUUCAUACUGUAUCGAACAGAACUGGGGUAUACCUCCAACACCAUCUCCGACCAGUAGCUUCGUAACGAGCACUAGCCAAACACCUACUCCUACUCCGACGACACUUCUGGAGAUUUGCGAGGCUGAAGCUGCCAUGAAGUACACAUUCACCCUCGCCAUUGCGGCAGUGAUUCUCGACACCAGUGUCGCAUCGCCGCUCAAUGUAGAGGCUCGACAGCAAGGUAGCGGAGCAGGCCCCUAUGCUCCCGGCACGUACAAAACCGACAACUCCCUUCAAGGCCACACAAUCUACUACCCAACCAAAAACACGGGUUCGGAGAAACUCCCCGUACUCGUCUGGGGCAACGGCGCGUGCAGUACUGACGGCCGGUCGAACUCCGCUCUUUUGCAGAACAUUGCAAGCUACGGCUUCUUGGCCAUCGCUGAGGGCGGUCCCAAUGGCGGAGGUAGUUCCAAUGCGCAGACCAUGAAACAGGCUAUUGAUUGGGUGACCAACAACGCUGGCAAGGGAGCGUAUGCUAAUGUCGACGCGAGCAAAAUCAUGGCUGCGGGCUUUUCAUGCGGUGGUGUUGAGGCCAUCGACAAUAUCUGGGAUAGCCGUGUGGACACCAUUGGGGUAAUCAGUUCAGGCUUGCUGUCAAACACCAGCGCGGCCAGGGACUGGAGGAAGCCGGUGCUUUUUGUACUGGGCGGCUCGGGCGAUAUCGCGUUCCAGAAUGGUGAGCGCGACUUCAAGAAUCUUGCAGCUGGUGUUCCCUCUUGGAAGGGUAACAUUCCAGUUGGUCAUGGUGGUACACUUGGCGAUGCGGAUGGUGGGCGUUUCGGCAAAGCUAUUCUCAAUUGGAUGUUGUGGACCAUGAAGGGGAACGCUCAAGCGGCAUCUUACUUCACCAGCGGCUACCAGGCUGAUGGGUAUCAAGUUCAGACUCACGAUUUGAACCUGCUCAAGCCAUUUUGA